UUGUUUUGUAGGUGUUCUGGGCCAGUCAAGGUGGCCAUCGUGGGAUCCACGGGGUCAGUUGGGACGCAGGCGCUUAACGUCAUCAGGAACAUGAACAAGGAUGAAACUAAAUUCGAGGUUGUGGCACUGACUGCACGUAAAAAUUUCGAGUUGCUAUCGCAGCAGGCAGACGAGUUUACGCCGAAAGUAUGUCACAUUUUUGACAAUUCAGACCGUCUGAAGGAGUCGAUGAGGCACAAGUGUGACGUUCUGACGAGUAAGCGGGACCUUUUGGACCUGUGCCAGAACCUGGGCUACGACGUGCUCCUGAUGGCAAUCUCAGGCUGCGCUGGCAUUGAGCCGACGCUGUCGGCCGCACGCUCCGGGAAGAAGCUGGCCCUGUGCAACAAGGAGUCAGUGGUUUCGGCCGGAAAUCUCCUGAGCAGAAUCGUGAAGGAGUCUGCGACGACCGUGAUACCGGUCGACUCUGAGCACAACGCGAUCUUCCAGUGCCUCGACGACGGCAGCGUUGACACCAGGAGGUCCAACUACGUCUGCAACAUAUCGCAAAGCUCCCUUCAGAGGGUGAAGAGCCUGAUUCUCACGAGCAGCGGCGGCCCCUUUCGAGGCAGCAAGUUCGCCGACUACAAGCGUCUGAGGAUGAGUGACAACGUUUCGCACCCCGUCUGGUGCAUGGGAUCCAAGAUCACUGUCGACUCCUCGACGAUGAUGAACAAGGCGCUGGAGGUGAUUGAGGCCCACCACCUCUUCGGCGUCCCCUUUGAGAACAUAAAGAUUCUGGUUCACAGGGAGUGCAUAGUCCACUCCAUGGUCGAGUUCGUCGACAACUCGGUGCUUGCUCAGCUGUACCUGCCGGACAUGUGCCUCCCCAUUGCACACUCGCUCAACUGGCCGCACAGGUUGGCCAACGGGCUCCCCGGCCUCGACCUCACCAGGCACACGCUCAGCUUCACUGAGGCCGACUUUGAGAACUUCCCCUUUCUCAGGCUCGGCUACGAGGUCGGUCGCAGGGGCGGCCUCUAUCCUGCGGUCUUCAACGCCGCCAAUGACAUGGCCAACGAGUUGUUCAGGCAGAACCUCAUCAACUACGAUCAACUGCACGAGUUGGUUCACGACGCGGUUGAGCUUUUCAACCCCUUGGAGCUAAAGGACGACAGAAUAGAGGACAUUCUGCUUGUUGAUUCCUGGGCUAAGAGGAAGGUGCGCCAGCUCGCUCAAAACACCUGA